AUGACAAAAAUCAGAUUUACAUUAUUAUUUCGCUACCUAGGGCUGUCACUUUUUCAUAGAAUAUUUGCUAGCAUGGGGUGAAAAUACGGGGUUGUUGACCGCUGAGCUGAUGGCGGUUAGAAAAUUAUGUUAAAUUAUUUAACGUUGUUUGAACGAAUUACACGUCAUUUUAAAUUAAAUUUGAACUUGAAACUUGAAAACAUUUUUGUUGUUAAGUGAAAGCCCGACUACCUAUACAUAUAAUGUAAAUGGCAUUUUUUUGUAGGCUAUAAAUGAUUUUAUUGCUUUUAUUGAUUUAGUGUCUGUAAAGGGAAACCUAGUAAAUUUACUUUGGAUCUUACAGAAAUGAAGAGAAAAGGAAGUAUAUACAGUUUUUUCACACCAAAGAGGAAGGCCAGAGAAAUAGACAAUGAACUGAGCGAGGCAGACAUAGGAGAUGAGGUGGAAGGCCAGAGAGAGGAUGAAGAUGAGGUGGAAGGUGAGAGAGGAGACGUUGAAGGAGAAAGAGAUGACAAGCAUGAGGUGGAAGUGGAGGGUGAAGAUAAAGAUGAGCUGGAGGGAGAGAGAGAAGAGCAACAAAAACGUAACAUAGAUGACCAGGGACAGGAGGAGGUGGGAGAACAUUUGGAGGAAGGAAAGCACCACCAAAAAGAGAAAGCAAAGAAACAGCAAAGUGAAAGGGAAAGAACAGUGCCUGAGCCAUCACCAGCAACCUUCAGUAGAGCUGGUCCACAUGAUGUAUCUAAGUCCAGAUGUGAAGUACCAACACAGCCAAAGAGAGAGAGUUUCCCAAAGACUCUCCAGGGAGGAGCCAGGAGAAGCUUCCGGAGUGAGUGGUACCAAGCUAACCCUUGGUUAGAGUAUUCUCAAUCCAAGGAUGCAGCCUACUGUUUUGCCUGUAGGCAUUUUUCCCUCCCAGACACUCCCAAGACUGUGUUUACUUCAUUUGAUGGAUAUCGAAAUUGGAAAAAAGCCACAAUGAAAGACAGUGGUUUUGCUUCACAUGCAAGAUCUGAAUGCCACAUCAAUGCAAUGUUUGCAUGGACAGAAAACAAAAAAAACAUGGAUAAAAACAGCUCAAUGUUUGGGAGAAUGGAUGAACAAAAAAAGAAGCAGGUGGCUGAAAAUCAGCACUACAUUAAAACACUUGCUGAAAUUUUAGUUUUAACAGUCACAGAAAACAUAGCGCAGAGGGGUCACAGGGAGUCUCAAGACUCAGAACAAAAGGGUGUUUUUCUGUCUAUGCUAGACCUACUGGGUAACCAUGACCCAAUCAUUAAAAAAAGACUUGAACAACAUGCAAAAAAUGCAAAAUACACAAGUAAAACAAUACAAAAUGAAAUCCUUGAAUGCCUGGCUGCAAUGGUUAAGGAAACAAUCAUACAGGAGGUUAAAACGAGCAAGCAGUUUUCAGUUAUUGUUGAUGAAACUAAAGAUGUUCAGAAAAAGGAGCAAAUGUCAUUUGUUUUGAGAUAUUAUUAUAAUGGUAUGGUUCAUGAGAGUUUUUUGGAGUUUGAUGUGGCAGAACACUUGGAUGCUGCUGCCUUAAGCUGUAAGAUUAUUAACUUCCUUGAGAGGCAUGGGCUGCAGUACAAGAAAAACCUUGUGGGCCAGGGCUAUGAUGGUGCAGCAGUGAUGCGCGGGGCACAUGCAGGUGUCCAAGCAAAAAUAAAAGAAGUAGCCAAACAUGCCUUCUAUGUUCACUGUAGUGCACACUGCUUAAACUUAGUUAUAGUGGACACUGUAAAAAGUGUGCCAGAUGCAGGAAACUUCUUUUCAUUGUUGGAACGAUUGUAUGUAUUCAUUUCAGGGUCCUAUGUACAUAACAAAUGGCUGGAAGUGCAGCGUGAGAUGUUUGAUGGUGCACCAAGGGAACUCCAACAGCUAAGUGAUACACGUUGGGCAUGUAGGCACAUAGCAUGUCGCAGUGUUAUGGACAGGUUGCCUGCAGUAGUACAGGUUCUUGAAGAGAUUGGAUCUGAGAACCAUCCACAAAGAGCAGUUGAAGCAAGAGGGAUACUGGCUCAGAUAGAUCUCAAUUUUGCUGGCUCUCUUGUUCUUUUCAGAAAGGUCCUGAGUGACUCCAAAUUUUUGUCAGACAUGCUCCAGUCUAAAACAGUGGACUAUGCUAAGGCUGUUGAGCUUAUUGAAGCACUCAAAGAGACAUUGGUGACAUAUCGUAGUCAAACCUCUUUUGAUGAAAUGUGGACUGAAAUACUUGAUUUAUGUAAACAAAGUAACAUUGAUAUAACUCAGAGAAAAUCAAAGAGGCCAAGACAGACGACAAAGGUACUUCAGGGUAGUGUCAUCAACUCCACCUUGGGGCAGCAUGUAGUUCCAGAUAGCAAAGAUACUUUUUGUGUCUCUGUGUAUUAUCCAGUUCUGGAUAACAUGAUUGAAGAAAUAGGAAGAAGAUUUUCUAACACGAACUGUAACAUCAUGCAGGGUGUCCAGGCACUAAAUCCAUCCAGUCCAACUUUUUUGACAGAGGAGGCUGUCCUGUUAUUAGCUAAUGCUUAUGGCUCAAAUAUAGAGGAUCUCAAACACGAGUUACAUCAGACGAAGAGAGUACUAGACAGAAAAAAGGGGGAAAAGGAGAGUCCUACCACUCUGAUGGAGUUUACCCAGUUUUUGGAUCCAUACCAGGAUGUUUUUUUUGAGUUGUUCAGGCUGUGUAAAAUAGCUGUUGUUUUGCCUGUAUCCAGUGCAUCCUGUGAACGGAGUUUUUCAUCUCUAAGGCUCAUAAAGACUUAUUUGCGGUCUACUAUGACAGAAAAGAGACUAUCAAAUUUGGCUGUACUCAGCAUUGAAUCAAAACGCACAAAAGAAUUGGAUCUCGAUAAAUUUGUAAAGCGUUUUGCUGAGCAGCAUGGAAAUCGCCGCAUUCAGCUGUUAUAAGCAUGACAACGUCAUAUGUUCACUGGUAAUGAAUGUCUUUUUUUUGUAUAUGAACAUUUAUUUGUGUUUUGUGUGUAAUAAAGUGAUGUCCAGUGCCUUGUUUAAGUGCCAUGACCCAUUUAUUUCCAUUGUGUAUUUAUGUUGACCAUAAUACAGUCUAUUGAUCGUGGGUAAGUUUUUCCUCGGAUAGUCUUUUCUUGUAAAAAUGCAGCCUACAUGUAGAAUAUAUGCCCUAGGUUAUGUACUAAGUCCUGCAAGCAGGAAUACUUCAUUGUAUAUUGUCUAUUUCUCAUCAAACUACCAUAACUGUUCAUAUGCAUCUGAUGUAGGUUGCCACCCCUCAAAAAUUCCUGCCCCCCUCUUGCCACCCUGUAAAUAUUUUUCUAGAUCCGCCCCUG